AUCAGCGACGACACGCUAGGCGUGGAAAUCAAGUAAGUGAGGAAAGAGAAAAGUGGAAGGAAAUAAUGAGGUAACACGUCGUGCGUGAUCACUUCGGCAUUUCCCGGCCUCCUCCCGUCAUGUCAAGGAUACAGCUACUUCAGCUGGCUACCAGCUUGGUCAAGACCCAUGGAUUCACUCGUGUGGCUUUGGCCGACUGUGUCUGCAUUAUUCGGAAACGGGGACGACGCAAGACGGACCCUUAUACAGGCUUGGCUUGAUCAGGGAAUACGGCAUAUGGGAACUGUCCCUUCGCCCACUUUGAAAAGUGUUUUGUAUGCUAGACUUCAGUAUAAUGAGCCAGUGUUGCAGCAUCUACCAGAGGCUUUUGCGCUCUUGGUUUCUCCAAACUCUGGUGUUCCUCUUCUUGAUCCUAUUCCUGCCCUCAAACACGCAUCAAGGAUUGCAGACGAAUCUUGUUACAUAACGCGUGAUACAUCCGUGCAGCUCUCUUGGUAUGCUCGCAGGGCUUCUAUUGCGGGAAUAUACGGCGCCUCAGAACUCCAUCAAUUCACGUCACCAUCGACCGCGUAUAGUUUCUUAGACAACCUGUUCGACACCUCCAGCAGCUUCAGGACAUCCAUGGAGGAACUCGAUCUGUUUUCUUCCUACGUUUUCAAGGGCUGGAAGGGUAUCAUCAAAAGUAAAGGGAUCAUCUAGUUCUGCCUUCUACAUAUCCACGUAGACGAAUCGUCUGAAAUAAACUGAUAUUCACGCGAUAGUUCGUUGGUCAGACUCGAGGCAGUGCAACGGGAACCCCUUCUAUCGUUCCAAGGCACCCUGGAGAGUGAACGAAGGAAGUCUACAGUCUGAGAAAUCGUAAUCAGCACAAACACUAUUCCUUGGUACCUUCCGUACCCAAU